AUGGUAGUAGACAGCUAUUUUAUUUGGAAAUCAUCAGCAGUCUCUUGUGAUGCAGCUGUUCUUACUGGUCCUCGAGGUCUUCCUGGUCCUGUGGGUCAGAGAGGCAUGCCUGGGGUACCAGGAACACAAGGUUUGUCAGGCUUACAAGGUUUACCAGGAGCAUUUGGAAAGACGGGAGAUCCAGGUCCUGUCGGUGUACAAGGUCUUCCUGGUCGUGUUGGCCCAGCAGGUCAGAAGGGGUCAAUUGGAUUGCAAGGUGAGAAGGGUGUACCUGGAGUGAGAGGCAAGGCUGGACCGAAAGGAGAAAAAGGCAACAUUGGAUUGCGAGGUUCUGUUGGAUUGAAAGGAGAACGAGGUGACGUAGGACAAAAAGGUGAAAAUGGAGUAAAAGGAGAAGUUGGUCGUAAAGGAGGUCAAGGUAUUCAAGGUCCAUUGGGUCCAAGAGGUUUACAAGGAGUUAGAGGAUUUCCUGGAUACAAAGGAGACGUAAGUUUAUAUCCAGUUUACACUGCAUUUUUGAUCGGGCUGGACCUUUUCAGCUUGAAAGGUUCACAAGGUUUGCAAGGCAUUCCUGGAUUAACUCCACUUUCUGAAAUAAAGAAACUUGAAAGUUUGGUAACAAGAUUGUACAAUGAACUGAAGGUUCCCAGGGUUCCAGUUGGUGAUGAAGCUGGUACAUGCAACAUGAGCACAUCAGGUUAUUUGUUCUACCACAAUACUAAGAAAUCUCUGCUGUUUUGUGAUUCUGAGCAGUGGGUUGAGAUAUCAUCAAAAUCGAAAUCAUAUAAAUCUUGUUCUGCAGUUGAACAUAAGAUCAACUCUCUUCAAUUUGUGCAGAAAGUCAACUCUCUGUCACCUGUAAAGGUUUAUUGUGAUUAUUCUGUGAUCUCUAGUGGGUGUGCACUUGUGUGGAAACACUCAUAUUUUCAAGUUGGAAAUCCAACUGAUGACAUGCGUACUUUCAGUUCAGUGGAUCGUCCAUGUACUGAUCUGUCUGAUGGUUGGUGUAAUGUGGGUAACAAAGAUAAUGUUGCUGGUAAUGUUCAAUUGACAGUUGCUUAUCACGAAGGAGAAGUUGUGUAUGCAUAUCGUGGUGAUCGUAAUUCUGAACUGGGAAAGUCAUGGCGUGGAGCAAUACUCAACAAUCCAGUCAAAAUUACAGAUCAUUGCACAGAAGGAAAUGGGAUUCCUCCAGAGCCAAGUAUUCAUUCAUAUGGAAUACAAGGAUUGACAUUUGACAAAAGGAAUCCUGGUGUAUACACUGGUAACUGUGAUACAGAUAAUUACAAGAGUAUGAGAGACUGUCGCUGGGAGAAUUGUCGAUUACCUUCAUCUAUCUCAUCCAAAACACAUCAUGUACAAAUGACAGUUGCUAUAUUUCUUUGUUGACUUUGCACACAGCACUCAAUGGGAUAGUUGCAUGUUGAUCUUGUUUGCAUUGUAUGAAAUGUAACAUCUAGUAUUGUGAACCUUGGGCUUUCUUGUCAGGACUUCACAGCAUCAUUGGCUUUUGUUGUGUUUCUGAU